AAACCGCUCCCAUUCUUGCAAAAUAAACUGACAGAAAAAAUUGGGAAUUCCCAGUUAGACGUGUUAGAUGUGACAAACCAGUCGGUAGUACCACUUCAUGAUUUGAACAUUUUAUGUAGGUGUAAGGAUAAAUUGUCAAAACGUCUCAAGCGCGUAUGUGCCAUUAAAGCUCCACGGGUCUGGCAUUAGAAUUUGCUCAACCGGUGGAAAGUUGGUUAUUACUUGCUCAACUUGUUCAGUAUUUCGCUGUCGUGGAUGUAGCAGGGGAAUUUUUUUAUUCUUCCCACAUAAAUUACGUUCUUUUCCCUCCUCCAAUUUUUGAUAGAGUACAUGUUCGACGUUUUCAAAAUUCUUUUAACAAGUAGGAUUUAAUCCUGGAUUUGAUGACAUGGCUUCAGCUUCCAUUCCAGGCCUUUUUCAUCAGGUACUUGGUAAUUUCUCCGUUGAGGACGGCGUGUACCACGAUGACAAACGAAUGAGACACAUCUUCGUCGAUCCCGACGAUGAUCUCCGCGGUACUAACCUCCAGGAGGGAAUCGAAGAUUACAACCCAGAUACCAGACCAACAUCAGGGCAAGGAGAGUUACAGCCCAUGACAUCACUGUUGGAAUGGAUGCGACGUCAUCAAGCAGAUCUAGAAGAACACGAUAUACUUCAGAUAUCAGACAAUGGAAGAGAUAGAAGACUGGAUAUCGAUUUCUUUGGUCAACGCGGUGUGUUCUGUCGUCUUCUUCGUGCUGUUGAGACUCCUGAUCGCAUGGAAAUUCUCGUCACUCUUUGUAAUGGUACCUACUAUAUGGAAACGUUCAAAGUCAAACCCACAUCUGCGGUAGACGCGAAUUACUGCUUUAAGAAUUUUGAGAGACACUUGACACUUGUCGAGGGAGCACACCCAGAUAUCAACUUACCCGAAGACAGUUAUUAUUCAGCUGUUAUGAAAACUCAAUGUGAGCGGUAUAAACUGAUACUUAGCUACGGGGUCGAUGCCGAACGGGAUAAUCCCGACUUAGUGCCUCCUGGAAACUACAUUGAUAUCAAGACAAGAUAUCAAAUCAAUUCUGAACAGAACAAGAACAAUUUUAGGAGGUAUACCACUCUUAAGUGGUGGUCCCAGGCAGUAAUUGCUGGAAUUCCUGAGGUGAUAUGUGGGUGGCGAGAGAAUAAGAAGGAACAAGUCAUUCUUUCCUCCGUAGAGCUAAUGAAAACGGAACACCUUCCUCUCAGAGCACCCAUGAUGUCCAGUGGAAGGAGAUUCUGGGAGGCCGAUGCAUGUUUUGAAACUUUUCAAACUCUCCUUGAUAACAUCAAGGACUUGAUCAAAGAAGAUGACCCGAGAAUCGUCCACCGUCUGGAGCUGCCCGAGGUGAUGAAGGGAAAGGGUGUAAAGAAGAGACUUCAAGCUAGAAGAUUCAAACUUCUGGAGAAACGCCAAGAUGAUUACGCCAUUCUACCAGAAUGGUACCUACGUGAAGUCUUGUGGAUCGAAAAUCGUGAAUCCAAGCAAUGAUUACAGACAGCAAGGAUAUAGGGAAUCUUGAAGAGCAUUGCCCCGAGAUUACCGACAACCAGGAUCUAUAGAGAUUCUUGAAGAUCAUGACUCCAAGACAUGAUUUCAGACAUUUAGCCUUUAAAUAUUAAUGUUUUAACACUCAAGAAGAGAAAUACCCACCACUGUGUCUUUCCUAUCUAGAAGUAAUGAGGAGAUUCAUAGAUAUCAAAACAAAUUAAAUUAGGAAAUUUAUAUUACAAGCACUGCUUUUAAUAGUUUACCCUACACAUCCUCAGCUUAUUGAUAAAUCUGUCCCCAGUAUGAAACAUUCAAAUCAGUGGCGUACCGUGGGUCACGGCAUUGGGGGGGGGGGGGGGGGACACCAGCAAAAAUUUGGAGUCACUUAGGGCGCGCUCAGUUGCCAGGUAUACUGACCUUAAAGAGACAUUUCAAGGACAUACAGUGCCAUUAAACGGAUAUGUACCUCACUGAUUACAUAAUGCGAGCGCAAAGUGCGAGCUGUAAAUUUUUGAUAUUCAGACCUGAAAAGGGGCAUUAUAAGCAAUUUGUUUGUAAUUAGUACCUCUCGCUAAACAAACAAUGCUAGCGCGAAGCUCGAGGUGAAAUUUUUGUAUAUAUUGACCCCAAACAGGGACAUUUUAAGGAAUAUAUUUUAGGAAUCCAUUAAGAGUAUACAUAUCUCAUCAUAGUCAUCUAAUACUUUAAUGCCAUCCUUUUCUGAUUUUGUUAGAAUUACAUCUAAACACAUGAAGCACAUUUUGUUGUCAUAGUCAUGCGCAUCUCACUAAUAAA